UCCGCUUCCUUUUUCCUUUGCUAUUCUUAUUGUGUGUGAAUUUUAUAAAAGUUUGUGGCGCCGGUGCUCCGAGUCCGCUGAAAGCGCGUUCAAAACAUUUACAGCGUUUAUUUAGUGCAUGUUUUGUAUUAGAAAUACAGCAGGUGUUGAUUUUUUGAUAAGUUAUUUACUAACACGGUGAAUAACUGUGGGUAAGGAUGAUGAAUUAUUCGGACUACGACUCUGAGGAUUACUCCUCUAAUGAAGAUGAAGACUAUGUUCCCUCUGAUGACAACCUGAGUGAGGAUGACUUGAAUGAGUGUGAAAAGGAAGAUGGCCUGGAAGCAGAUGACCAAAGUGAAGCACAGACUAAGCAGAUCAAUAAGAAAAAGAAGUCAAAUAAAGGCCUUUGUGCAAGAAAAAGGAAAAAAGGAGGAUUGAAGCUGGAAGAAGGAGGCAAAGAUGGCACAGACAACAAGAAAGAGGAAGAGCUGAAACGUCCUGAUGAAGAGUCACUUCCGGAACCAGAAUCCACUCAAGGCGGAGAGGAGAAGCAGAAGAAAAAGGCAGAUGAUCUUUGGGCUAGCUUUUUAAGUGAUGUCGGCCCAAGACCAAAAGCUGUGGCCCCAGGCUCGCAACAGAUCACAGAAGAUUCAGACAAAGUUAGGAAGUCCAGCACAGAGUCUUCACACAAAGAACGGAAAGCUGCAGAGGCCUCCACAGUCACAAUAACAAAGGUGUAUGACUUUGCUGGAGAAGAAGUUCGGGUUACUAAAGAGGUGGAUGCUGAGUCGCGCGAGGCUAAAAGCUUUCUCAAAAAAGAGGAAAAGGAAGAUGAGGAGCAGACCUCCAUGUCUAAAGCUUCAGCUGAAUCCUCACUCACUGCUGGACCCAGCGUGAAGAGACCAGCGGGGAUGGGCAGUAUCCUGAACCGGCUUGGAGGAAAGAAGCCUAAAAUGAGCACUCUAGAGAAGUCCAAGCUGGACUGGGACAUGUUCAAAACAGAAGAGGGCAUCACUGAAGAGCUGGCCAUUCAUAAUCGUGGUAAAGAAGGGUAUGUGGAGAGGAAGAACUUUCUGGAGAGAGUGGACCAGCGGCAGUUUCAGCUGGAGAAGAACGUUCGCCUUAGCAACAUGAAACAAUGACCCGAAGGGACCAGUAACAUGCAUCCCUAAAAAAAGUUGGACUGUCCACUCUGUUGUGUGUUUUAUGUGGCAGCUGUGUUAGCACCUGUCUCUGAGCUCAGAUUUAAGUCCAUCAUACACUUAUGGCUGCUCUUGUCUCCUCUACACUGAAAUAAUUAUGGUAGUAAAAUGAUAGUGGAAAAUGUGACAAUGAUUGUUUUUGGUGAGAAAGAACUAGCUUUACAUACAUAUAGUGUAUAUUUCAUACAAUGUUUUUGAUGUCCAUUUUUGCCAUUAUAGGAUAUUUGUUUCAGUCUUGCCUGAAGUUUUUGGAAAUUAUAAUUUGUUAAUCAAGCUACUGCAGUUUUUACGCUGCUGACAAAUUUCUAUCUCAAGCUUGUAACCUGUUACAUGUUUUUGAUUUUCUUUUUCCCAGGAAUCUUCUGAUAUUGGGUGUCAGUAUUUAAUCAUCUCCAGUGCAAAACUAAUCAAAGCAACAUCGAGAUCUUUUGUUUUAAAUAAUCUGAAAACUUACCAUCAUGUAAAAUGCACAAAAGGCAAAAGUUGGUAUUAAUGUCUGCAUAGAUUCAAUACUUUCCUUAGGGAAAGCAUACACAACCAAGAAACUUUAAAGGACAAUAUUUGGUGAAGGUCCUUGGAACAAAGUGGUUACAACGGCUGUGAUCAUUUGGCCUAUUAAGUCCUUAUGUUAGACUCUGUAUUUGUCGUAUGUAGUGAUUAAAAUCCAUUUAUGAGGUGAGUUGAGUGUGUUAGAGAAUGGAAACCAUAAAAAUAUGAAGUGUCCUGUGCAUAAAGCGUUCACAGGAUAAGAGCACGGAUCCCCUGCCGACUUUCAAUAUCUAAUGAUGUUCUUUUAUUUACAUUAAUCACAGUCCAAAAUGGAAAAAGCUACCUUACCAGAACUUACAAGACCAGCAGGGAUGUUUUUCAGGAGUGUUUCUUUCUAUAUGCAUGUAUUUUGAUAGUCUGCCUUGUUAAAGUUAGGGUUAGGAAAGUUAGACGGGUAAUUACAACUUUUGUGUUGUAAAGGUGUUUAACAAUAAACCAAAUCAUCUGGUUUUACUUUUCCCCCUUAAUAUCAUCAGUCUGCUCUUAACAAAUUACUCUGUCCUUUGCUUUGAGAAUAGGGCAGUGUCAUAAUACAGUAGUUGCCUCAGAUCGUUUCAUCAUACCUGCCAUGUAUAACUGAUGUCCCGCCUCAUGUCCUCUGUGCCAGCUCAGUAGCCAAAAAAGAUUCUCAUCAAGAGCAUUUAUCACUCAUUUACCAUUUACCACUUUUUUUCUCCAUUGCAACAGAUCCUCUGUCGUUUUAGCUCUUCUUAGAUUUGACCUGGGCAUUACUAAGGAAUGCUGUCAGACAGUUUCAGCUAUAUAAUCAAGCAAUGCCUUGAUUCAGACUCUGAUAUUAAUAUCUCUGAUUUCAGCUCUGUUUGCCAGUUUUAUACAGAGUUAAAUUUCACUCACUGUCCACAUACACAUUUAUGCAAUACCAUCAGCCAGUAAUGUGGAAACAAUACAUAAACAGUGCACUUCUGGUAUGAAUGAUGCAAUAUCCUCAAGGCAAGGAGAAAUUUUUGGUCAAAGGUGAAAAUGGUCAGUCAAAUAACCACUCUUUACAAUCAGGGUCACCCAAAAAAAGCAAUAAUCUCAUAGCACACAACAUGCCAACCUUUGAAACACAUAAAACUAAUUACUAACAUUACUACUAUCAGAAACCCACAUCCGGUUCCAUUCAUUUGUCCCAACAAUAUGAAUUUGAGGAUGACUGAAACACAACAGUUCAAGGAAAAAGUCACCUAACCUUUUUCCAAUCUGUUGUGCAUUUUAAGAUGCUCAUCGUGCUCAUCAUGGUUGUAAACCGUAGUCUGGCCAUUUCCUCUGACCUCUUUCAUCAACUAACUGUUUCAGCCUGCAGGAACUACUGCUUGAUAAACACAGUGAAAACUCUAGAGACUAGUUGUGCAUGAAAAUCUCAGAAGAUCAGCAGUUUCUGUAAUAUUAAAACCAGUCAUUCCAUCAUGUUUUUCUCCUAUUUAGAUUAUUGAUGUGAAAGUUUCAUGUAGUGCACGGCUAACAUAUAAAUGGUUGAGUAGAUAAUGUGCUGUUGUUCCUAAUAAAAUGACCACAGAGUGCAAAAAUCUCAAAAA